AUGGACACCUUUCCCCCAGAAAUCAUCGCAACCAUUCUCCGCUUCGCAUUGAUCGGCAGCGCCGACGACGACGACUCGGGCCAGGCCCAAAGCGCGGCCGUAGAUCCUCUGGAGAUGGAGAAUUACCGUCUGGUCUGCAGGCGGUGGAACCAGACCGCAGUCACCACGCCACAUCUCUGGAGGGGACUGAAGCUGGAUUACGGAAAGCUCAGCCCAGACAUCCUGUCGUUCAGUCUUGCCUCUUUCGCAGAGACUUGGUUUGGUCGUGCUGGCACGAAUCCGCCUCCAUUGACGCUCGCAAUCGUCGAGACGCCCAAUAGGGCUUCACGUUUACGAUGCUACUUACAACCUUGCAUCCAUCAACCGGAGGUGCUUCACAUCGCAAAAGAAACGCUGGCCAUUAUCUCCAAUCUGCGAUACAGUUGGGCAGAAUGGCAUUUCGAUUCAAAGCAGCUCUGGUAUUCUUUGGAAGUGCUCAAGAGAGUGAAUGGCGACCCCGACGCCACAGCUAGGGGUGACCAGCACCUGAGCACCAUCGAGUCGAUUAAUGACAUGAUUUCUUUGCAUACCCUGUCGCUGACAUCCGACGGGGGCUGGAUUGGCCUCUCUGGCUUCCUCCCAUUGUCACUUCGCCGUCUGCGUCUCGCCGAAGUGUAUUACAGAUUGCCCUGGAAGGUUAUGCAGCUUCCUCAGUUGCAGGAGCUCAUUUUCGAGGGCCCCAUCGGAUCGUCGCUCAUUUUCGACUUUGCGGCCCCGCAACAGUUGAUACAAAACCACGUCUUAGAGAAGCUUGUCUUCUCCGAUAUCGAAGCGAGCGACCUCCUCCUCAGUCUCUUCAGCAACACCACCCUCCCCAAUUUGAGGUCUAUCCAGAUUGUGAAUCCCCGCUCUCUCUCGACCAGUGUGACCGAGCACAAUCCGGACUUUACAGAACUGAUGCGCCAAUUUUAUCGACGGAGCUAUAGGACGGAAGUUCCUGGGGACCGACUUCAGGUGUUGCUCGAGGCGACCGAUCGCGUACGAAGUGACGGCAGGAUCCCCCGCAUUCUUGCAUCCCUCAGCGGUAUUGGAAUCACCCACCUUUUCUUCGCCAAUCACCAUGCACUGAUUGGUUCACGGAAGCACGUCCUAAUGUCCCUGGGACAAACGGUUCGGAAGAUUGUUUGUCGUGAGCAGGGGGCUUAUGUGGACACCCAGGGGAGAAAUGAGCUCCAGCAGAUGUUCCAGAGCUUCUGGACUUCCAUGCUCCGUUCCCUGGUUUCGAGGCGUUUGCCCACCGACCCCAGUAUUGUGUUUUGUGUCCCCGAGUCGAAUGCGGCCAAGGCGUUUUUCGGAAGCUUGGAGUAUCCACUUGGGGUCGAAAUUCAUUGUAGGCCUGCCGCAGAGUUGGAGACGAUCGCCAAGAGCGGUUUUUGA